AUGGAACCAGAAGCCUUAGAAAUAUGUCCUUAUGACCCAAACCACAGGCUACAAGCCAGCAAGUUACAAUACCACCUAGCCUCACAUAGAAAGAAAAAUCCAAAGAUAGCUAAAGAGAUGGCUAACUGCAAAUAUAAUGCUUGUCAUGCUGUCUUAAUCAAAAGGCUCAAGGAACAUGAAGCUAACUGUGUCAAUAAAAUUGCCAAUGUUGAAGGAAUCAUCCUGGGCGCCCAGGUGAAAGAAUAG